UGAUAACCAUACAGAACCAGAUCACCAGAUACCUGAGUCAGAGGGAUGUCAGGGAUGGGAGCUCUACAUAUGACGCUACUUAUAAUUUGCUUACUGCUCGCCAUUGUCACCGUCAGCGAGUCUAAGAGAAAUGUCCUCCUUAUAUUUGGUGACGAUGCCGGAUUCCAGAUGGGCGCCUACAACAACACGGCCUGCAAGACGCCAAACUUCGACAAGCUGGCCGCCAGGAGUGUAGUCUUCAAACAUGGCUACACCUCCGUCAGUAGCUGUUCUCCCAGCAGAUCCGUGCUCCUAACAGGGUUGCCCCAACAUCAGAACGGCAUGUACGGACUUGUACACGAGCCCCAUCACUUCAGCACCAUGGACAGUGUCAAGAGUUUACCUGUCAUACUUGACAAAGCUGGAAUACGCACGGGUAUCAUUGGGAAGAAGCACGUGGGGCCGGACACAGUGUACAAGUUUGACUAUGAACAGACAGAGGAGAACCAUGACCCGAACGAGAUUGGGAGGAACAUCACCUUCAUGAGGAACUUCGUGAGACAGUUCCUCCAGCAGAAGGAUGACAGGCCUUUUUUCCUGUAUCUGGCGUUUCACGACCCACACCGAUGUAACAACAUUCCCCUGUACGGGCAGUUCUGUGAGAGAUUUGGGAACAGGCAGCCUGGCAUGGGGGUCAUCCCUGACUGGACACCGUCUUACUACAAGCCUGAAGAUGUUGAGGUCCCCUACUUCCUGCCGGACACGCUGACCACCAGGCAGGACCUGGCUAAUAUGUACACGACGUACAGUAGGAUGGAUCAAGGUAUUGGGUUGUUCUUGAGCGAGUUGGAAGCAGCAGGUCACAUGAACGACACUCUCAUCCUCUACACGGCUGACAACGGCAUUCCCUUCCCUGGCGCCAAGACCAAUCUGUAUGACCCGGGGAUGGGCGAGCCAAUGAUGAUCUCCUCGCCUCUACACAAGGAGUCCUGGGGCACUGUAUCUGACGCCCUCGGUAGCACUAUGGACUUUACGCCUACCAUACUGGACUGGUUCGGUGUGAACUACCCUCAGUACAACAUGCUCGGCAAGAAGGUGCAGCUGACCGGCAAGUCCCUCCUCCCAGUGACUGCCAACCCCGACACCACGGCUGAGAACUUCACCUACGUCUUCUCGAGUCACGAUCUACACGAAGUCACCAUGUACUAUCCCAUGAGGGUCCUCCGCACCAUGACGUGGAAACUCAUCCACAACUUAAACUUCGAGGCUCCGUACCCAAUAGCCCGUGAUUGCUACCAGGCCCCUUCCUACCUGGAGAUCAUCAACAAGACUAUGGCUGGGCUGAAAACAGGGUGGUUCAAAGAUCUGGAACACUACUACUACAGGGACCAGUGGGAACUGUUCAACAUUGAGAGUGACCCUAUGGAGCUGAACAACCUGGCUUAUACUUCUGAGCACUCGGAUGUGUUCACCAAGAUGCAGACAACGUUACUCACCUGGCUGAACGUCACCAACGACCCCUGGAUCUGUUCCCCGACGGGGGUGUUGGAAGGUGAGACGUGCAUGACGUUGUUUAACAGCCCUAAAGCGUUUGGUCGGGAGAGGUCGUCCAGUCAGGAUCUAAGACCAGGAAGUUUGUAGUUGAUCAUAUCGGCUGCUCGUCAUUGUUAAAUACGUAAAACAGAAUUGAAUGAAACAUUGAAUAAACGCUGUCAUGCUAUCCACUAACUGAAAUAUACUUCAAUAAAAGAUAUAUAUACUGGA